AUGACAGACAAUCAAUCCGAACUCGUUCAGCACUGUAUAGACACGGGAGCGUUUGUUUCAAUCAAAGCUUUGAGUCAUUAUUUACUAUUUCAUCAAAAUGUCGUCAAAUGCUCAGAUAAUCAGCAAAUACAUUUACAAAUACCAUCAGCUGUACUAAGACAAAUCAACGGCGUAACGCCAAUGUCAAUAAAAGAUAUUCAAAUGGUUUCGCAUGUGGAUUCAUCAAAUUAUGAUAUGAUCAUGUUUGCUGAUAAGUCAGUUGUAUAUACUCGUCAACGCAAAACAUCUAAUCAUGGCAGACGACUACCUUAUUACGUUGAAGAAGAUCUGCAUCUGCUCGAAAGCGCUGGCAUGUCGAAAUCAGAAAUCGAAUCGUUCGUGAAAAAGUUCGACAUUAACAAUAACAUGGACAUAUUGAAUAACGAUAAGAUUAUUCAGAGAAUUAUUUAUUUUACCGAUAUUCCGACACGAUUAAAAUGUCGAGCAGUAUCCCAUCGAUGGAAGAAUUUUGUAGAUAGUUCGAAUUCAUGGAAUUCGCUGAAAUUGUCUCGAUAUUGUCUCAAUUUCAAUAAAGCUGUAAAUUACUUUCAAAAUAUUGAUCUACGUCAAUUGGAUCUUUCCGAGUCUUCAUUUGAAUGUUCAACAUUUCAAUUGUCCAAUGAAAUUUCUAUUUAUUCUCUCCGUUCACUUUGUAUAUCGACUGAUCAUCCGUUAGAAUUAUUUACCGAAUUAUUCAAAAUUGCACCAUUCUUACAAGACAUUAAACUCAUUCAAACUUACAAUUCAUCUUUAAAACUCAAGAAUAAUAAUAAUCAUUUUUACGAUCCGCAUCCGAUCAGAUAUUCCUCGAAUCGUCUUCCAUUACAACGAUUCCCAUCUCAUAUGAAGUCAUCAACUACUAAGCAAAUCGUUGUGUUGUGUUUUGAUCAGAUAAACAAUUCUUUUGUUUCAAUUAAUAAAAAGACAUUUUGUAUGGUGGAAGAACGCGAAUUUCGAUUUUGGCGUCGAUUAUUACUUAUAUUUAAUAUAUUUUAUAUGAUACUAGCAUUUGUCUUCUUAUUCUUCGCGAUAUUCACACGAGUGAACUCUUCGAUCAUAGAUCUUCAUUUACUCGUUGGUUUAAUUAUACUCAGUAUUUACCUUCUAUCCCUGUCCGUCUUCGGCAUCUAUGCCACGUUGAAACAUCAUCAAGUCUUGCUAUUUUUCUACAUUAUUCUCCUGACGAUCCUAUUUCUUUUUCAAUUCAUCCUUGCUUGUACUUAUUUGGCAAUUCGUGGUGAAAAGAAAUACGGUUUGUUGAAGAGCAGUUAUCAAAAGUCAACUGACAGUAUUCAAUCGAAAUAUCAAUGCUGUGGAUUUGAUAAUUCAACUGAAUUUAAUCGCAAACAAACUUGUGCCAAUUUACCGUGUUGUAAAUCGUCCGAUCAGUGUUGUGAAACAUUACCAAUGUGUCAUUCCUUGUUAGAAGAAACACUGAAUAAGAAUUUGAAAAUCAUUGGCUCAAUAAUGCUCGUGUUUACUUUAACUCAAAUCAUUGCCGUUUAUUUGACACUGAAAUUUCGAAAUCUUCGAAAUCCAACUCUGUUCGUUGAUAUGUGA